ACGACGCCCAGUCCCUUGCAAACCGGGACCACACUCGCACCUCGCAAGACCCCUUCACUCCACCGGAGUACAGAAGGAUAUCACCAUGUUGGGACCAAGCGUUGCCGUCUUCGUCGCCCUCCUGGCAGCUGCGUCUGUGGACGCGUCCCACUUCCGGGGCGGGACCAUCUCCUGUACACCUGACAUGGACGACACGGACCUGGUCCACUGUAACUACCGCAUGGGCUGGCGGCUGUCCAGUAACGCUGGCGAGUGCGACCAGCACGCGAUCGACAACAACGAGCUGAUGAGCGGGGAGGGGACGUGGAACACUCCUAACGGCAGGAUCCCCGCAAGCUUCUACUGUACCGACUACAGCGUGCAGGAGGACUGGCAACAGGGCGUUAACACACUCACGGUCAACCUGCGCAACGCAACCACGGUCAGCAACGUAACCGCGGCCAACGGGACAUACACCGUCAGCUUUGACGGCUGCUGUUGGAUCUCCGUCCUCCGUCCCGGAGGCGGCACCCACGAUCCAGACUGGCAGGUCAGGACUCAGUUCGACAUCGGCGUGAGAGGCGACACCGGCCGACCCAACUCCUCUCCCAUCACUGCCAGCUCGGCUAUACACAGGAUCCAGAGCAGCUGUGACGCCGUAGUCCGGAUCCCGACCGAAGACUCAGACGGCGACACCGUGAAGUGUUACUACUCCUCCGUGUUCCAUGAGUGCGGGGAGGCCUGCGACCCACUGCCCUUCUCACACCUGGAUGAGGACACCUGUGAGAUUUCGUACAACACGUCGCACGGCAUGCUGACGCCCGGCUGGUACGCCAUAGCCUUGACCCUGGAAGACUAUCCGCCGGGAGCGCCAAGAACAGCCGGGUCCGGACUCAGCAGGGUGCCUGUGCAGUUCCUGGUCGACGCUUACACCUCUAACACCCCGUGCAACCUGAAGCCCCAGCUGAUCGGACAGACGCCUGAGGCCGGGGACAGGGUGGUCAUACCGGCCGGGGGCACUUAUCAUGCAGUUAUAGAGGCGGAGGCACAGAGUCCCGGAGCUACUAUCGUGGAAAUUGCAACAGUUUCCCCACGUGGGAUGAUCAAGUCAGACCUGGUCAACGAUCCCGACAUGCCCCACCACGCCUACGUCAACAUCACGUGGUCGCCGACCCAGGCGCAACUCGGACAGCACAUUUUCUGUUUCCGGGCUCAGGACAGCAACAUGGAGAACUCUGACCAGCGGUGCAUGACUCUUGUGUACAUGGGGACCCACGAUGUUGACGAGUGUCGGGACAACAACGGCAACUGUUCCCACGCAUGCGUCAACACAGUCGGGUCGUACCACUGUGCCUGCCCGGCGGGGAUGUUUUUAAGUCUGGAGGACAACAAGGAAUGCGAGGACAUCGAUGAAUGUGCCCGGGACCCAGGCAUAUGUCAUGCCAACGCGGCCUGCAUCAACAUAUGGGGGUCGUACAUCUGCGAGUGUGACCCGGGAUAUUUCGGGGAUGGAACAACAUGUAUAAUUGACAUAGACGACUGCGCCAACGGGACCCACGGUUGCCACGAGCAUGCGCACUGCAUCGACCUGCCGGGGUCACAUGACUGCAUCUGUGACGCAGGGUUUGUCGGAGACGGCGAAACUUGUACAGAUGUUAACGAGUGUGCUGAGGGUGUGCACAUGUGCCCCACCAACGCCAGCUGCACCAACAUGCCCGGCUCUUACACCUGCAAGUGUGACCCGGGACACGAGUGGGAUGGGACCGCAUGUUCAGAUUUCGACGAGUGUUCUGUCGACAAUGGGAAGUGCGAAGAUAUCUGCAUCAACACGGUUGGAGGUCAUCAGUGCGCAUGCUCCAACAGCCUUCUUGUUCUCGCAGAGGACGGUCUAGGAUGUACACUUGUUGGGGCGGAGACCACCUGCACCAAUGAGGGAAUGGAGCUGGCUUUACCCGAGGAGCAGCUCGCGCUCGUCAACACUAAUGACCUGCACUGGGCUCCAGACCAGAACUGCCGGGCAGUGUUCAACGGUACACACCACCUGCUAAGGACUGGCCUGUACCAGUGUGGCACUACGGUAACCUUUGACUCAACCUAUGUCAUCUUCACCAACCUGAUCAGCCUCAUCAACAUCCACAACGCAACAGGCAUCAUCACCCGUGACGAUGACAUCAUCAUCUACUCCAAGUGCAAGUACGAGCGGGAAGAGGACGUGUCUGCACAGUUCAUGCCCAUCCCCGGCGGACUGGAGUUCACGGAGGUCGGGUUUGGCACGCUGUCCAUCCGGCUGGACAUGUUCCACUCCCAGCACUACCUCCAGCCUUACACAGUCACCGAGUACCCGGUACACAAGAGCCUCAGAGACAACCUGUACUUCCAGCUGCAAGUGGAAGGGCACAGCCAGCGUCUGUCCAUCCUUGCGCUGAGCUGCAAGGCUACCAUGUCACCCAACAAGGACGAUGCACUGCAGUAUGCGCUCAUUGACGACGGCUGUGCUGUUGACGAGACCCUGCAGUUCUACAGCAGCUACAACCUGGCCACUCAGCAGUUCGGCUUCGAGGCCUUCCGCUUCAUCCGGGAACUCCGGACGGUGUACAUCCACUGUGAGGUGGAGGUGUGCGAUGCAUCCGAGCCCGGAUCUCGCUGUGCACAGGGUUGCGCUCCCGGUGCCCGCCGCAAGAGGGCGCUGUCCGACAUGACCGGAAGGCACGACAUCUUCCAGGGACCCAUCGUCUGGGACGAAACUGAGAGCGAGAGCAAGGUUGCCUCCCUCAGUACCGGUGCGCUGGCAGCUGCGGUCAGCCUGGGCUCGCUGGUCACCCUGAUCGCCCUGGCUGCAGUUCUGGUGGCCGUCAGAGUGAGGCGCUCCAGGAAUAGGCGUGCGGCUGAGUACCAACCGGUCCAGACUGACUGCGACGACUGAGGACACGUUUAAAGAUUGCUAAAACAUUCCAGCAACUGCUGAAGUCACAACAACGACUAUCAUUUGAAACAUUUUUUUAUUGCAAGCUUAAUCCAUAAAUACAAGACAUGAACACAUUCUAAUACAAAUAAUAAUUUUUUAUUGCAUUGGCCAAAGACAAGUACAAAUCAGGUCCUUUUUUUACGCCACAUUUUUUUGUGAUAUUCAGAAACAUCUUUUAUUUUUCCAUCACAGAAAAUAUCUUACCUUAGUGUAGCCUGGGUAACAAACCUUUGGUCAGCUUUGGGGUGAUUUUCCUGCCCCAGCCCGUGGUCUUUACUAAGCACAGGCCAGCUAAACCGUUUGCAAAAAGCUGGUUUGAUGGCCCGAAACGCUACCAGCCCUGAAGAGAUAGCACUCAGAGCUUACGGGGGUCUGGCUACCAUGCUAACUUUAGUGUGACUUUGGUGCAAAUUAGGAAACAAAUCCAAAACGCUGUAUGCAAAUGUGAUUCAGUGUAAGCAAUUUUUUAUGUUUGUAAACGUGGCUGCUAUUCAACAAGACGAAA